UUUCUAGUGUAACUAAAUAAAGGGCAAAUUGUGCAUCUCCUGUACGGGGAUGCUUUAGAAAAACCUAAGUUCGUAACACCAAACACGUUUGUGAAAAGUAUGUAUGGCUUCGCCCACAGAUUGAAAAUAUAAAAAACUCACGCUCCUGUAUAUAUAGCACACCCAUCUCACCUUUGUUUGGAAUAGAUCUUGCUGUGGUGCGAUGGCGAAUAUAGACAUCGAGGGGAUACUCAAGGAGCUUCCCAACGAUGGGCGUAUUCCGAAGACGAAGAUCGUGUGCACGCUGGGACCCGCGUCUCGGUCAGUUCCGAUGGUGGAGAAGCUUUUGAGGGCUGGGAUGAAUGUUGCCAGGUUUAAUUUCUCCCACGGGACUCAUGAGUAUCAUCAGGAGACUUUGAAUAAUCUCAGGAUCGCUAUGCAAAAUACUCAGAUCCUCUGUGCCGUCAUGCUCGACACUAAGGGGCCUGAAAUUCGAACUGGUUUCCUAAAGGAUGGAAAACCUAUUCAACUUAAGGAAGGCGAGGAAAUCACCAUUACUACUGACUACAGCAUCAAGGGGGAUCAGGAGAUGAUCUCCAUGAGCUACAAAAAGCUGCCUGUUGAUUUGAAGCCUGGAAAUACCAUUUUGUGUGCGGAUGGCACCAUCACUCUUACUGUCUUGUCUUGCGAUCCAGCUGCUGGAACAGUGAGAUGCCGAUGUGAGAACACUGCACUUCUAGGAGAGAGAAAGAAUGUCAAUCUUCCUGGUGUUGUGGUGGAUCUUCCAACACUAACUGAGAAGGAUAAGGAAGAUAUUCUGGAAUGGGGUGUUCCCAACAAAAUCGAUAUGAUUGCUCUUUCAUUCGUGCGCAAGGGCUCGGAUCUUGUCCAUGUUCGUAAGGUGCUCGGAUCCCAUGCUAAGCGUAUACAGUUAAUGUCAAAGGUUGAGAACCAAGAGGGUGUUAUCAACUUCGAUGAAAUAUUACGUGAGACUGACUCCUUCAUGGUUGCCCGAGGUGAUCUCGGAAUGGAGAUCCCAGUGGAGAAGAUCUUCCUGGCACAGAAAAUGAUGAUAUACAAGUGUAACCUGGUAGGCAAGCCAGUAGUUACUGCCACUCAGAUGCUUGAAUCCAUGAUCAAAUCUCCCCGGCCAACUCGUGCUGAAGCAACGGAUGUAGCUAAUGCUGUUCUUGAUGGGACUGAUUGUGUCAUGCUCAGUGGAGAGAGUGCAGCUGGGGCUUACCCAGAGCUUGCAGUGAAGAUCAUGGCUCGAAUUUGUAUUGAGGCAGAAUCCUCCCUUGACUAUGGAGCUAUCUUCAAGGAGAGGAUCAGGUCAACUCCUCUUCCAAUGAGCCCAUUGGAGAGCCUUGCAUCCUCAGCUGUUAGAACCGCUAACAAGGCUAAGGCAAAGCUCAUCGUUGUGAUGACUCGUGGUGGGACUACAGCCAAGUUGGUUGCCAAGUACAGGCCAGCUGUUCCAAUCCUAUCUGUGAUUGUGCCAGUUUUAACGACAGACUCAUUUGACUGGAUCAUCAGUGAUGAGACCCCAGCAAGGCACAGCCUGAUAUACAGGGGCUUGAUUCCAUUACUGGCAGAAGGCUCUGCAAAGGCCACUGAUGCGGAAUCCACGGAGGUGAUCCUGGAUGCUGCCCUGAAGUCGGCAACAGAGAGGGGGCUGUGCAAGGCUGGAGAUGCAGUUGUGGCACUUCAUCGUAUUGGAUCAGCGUCUGUUAUUAAGAUCUGCUUGGUGAAAUGAUAUGGAGUGGCAGAAAGGGUAGUCUGGUGGCAUCAAAGCUAUUGCAUUCUACGGACACACAGCAAAGGCCGGAAGAUUGGAAUCCUUUCAGAUGCAGGGUAACGUGAUUCUAUUGCACAUUCUGUACCGACUUUAUCCUAGUAUUAAUCUUGAUGAAUGAGGGAAAAGCGGAUGGAGAUUAGUGAGUUCCUGUUCUUCCAAUAGGCUUAAGGGCCAGUAGUGGAAACUACAAUGGUUUCUGCAAAAGCAAUAUGUUAGUGAAGUUUUUAGCGUUACUGGUUGAGACUAGGCUAAUUUAUUCAUUCUUGUUUGCUUUACUAUAAAAUUUUGUCUGUAGAAGAUUAAUCGUCAUGAUUUUGAUAACUUAAACACAUGGAUGCCCUA